UUUCUUCUCUCUCUCUCUCUCUCUCUGCAGUCAGCUCGGUCAGUCAACUGGUUUAAAUAUCCGUGUCCACAGACCCGGUGUUGUGCCGAAUUCUACACCGGCAACAUCAAAAUAUUUCCCUCCGGUCUGCAUUGUUUUUUAAACGAUUGUAGGUUUUUGGCGGAGAGAUGGGUAAAAUUGGUACUGCCAGCAACAAAAAUCGGACAAGUCUGAGUAACAAGAAUCAGCAGAAGGUCAAAGCAUCAGAUGGAUCAAAGAGAAAGAAGCCUGAAGACAAAGAAAACCUUCCUGAAUGUGUUCAAAAGACAUAUGUACUUAAAAGAAAGCAGGAACCCCUUCAAUCAACUGGCAAUAUUUCUGAUCAUUACCCUAAAAAGAAACGUGUGGUGUCAACCCAAAAGGAAUUUUAUUCCAUGUCAAAUAGGCCUCUUGGAUAUUGUUUGAUCAUCAACAACUAUAACUUUGAAAGAACAUCACUUGGAAACCGGAGAGGGACAGAUAAAGAUAAAGAUGAUCUCACCAGAGUGUUUGAGAACAUGUUUUUCAAAGUUGAGGUGCGGGAUGAUUUGCAAGCGUCAGAUAUGCAGAAUGUGAUAAAGGAGCUUGCAGAGAGGGAUCACUCUCAGAUGGAUGCUUUUGUCUGCUGCAUCCUGUCCCAUGGAGAAAAAGGCUCUGUUCUGGGAAUAGAUGGAAAACCAGUUCCGAUUUGUGAACUCAAACAGCCUUUUGCUGAAUGCCACACUCUAGUUAACAAGCCAAAGCUUUUCUUCAUUCAAGCCUGUCAGGGUAAUGAGGCCCAGCAAGGUGUGUGGAUGGCAGAUGGACAGGAGAACACCAGAGAAGGAACAUUUGAGAAGGUUUCUCAUACUGCAGCAUUGCACGGUGUCCCUAAAGAUGCUGAUUUUCUCAUUGGAAUAGCAACGGUUGCGCACUACAAAUCUUUCCGCCACACAAAACAUGGGUCCAUCUAUAUCCAGGAACUCUGCAAACAGCUGGAAAGUGGCUGUCACUGGAAAGAGGACAUACACUCCAUUUUGACAAAGGUGAAUAGAAUAGUGAGCUCCAAAAUCCUUCUGGGUUGCAAGCAGAUGCCUGAGGUUCACUACACUCUAACCAAAACACUGGUCCUGCCCAUGAAGCAAGGGUGCUGAUUAGCUGCUGCAUGACAAUGUGGCAUCCAUCCAUUUCUUCCUCCCUUGUGGGAAAAGUGCCUUUUGUAAUGCAUUUCGAAUUUUAAUCCUGAAAAGUAUAUGCGGUUGACAUUGGUACUAGUGGUUGAAAUUGGUACUGCAGUCUAAAUUCAAAAUAUUGGAGAAAGAAGUUCCAGUGCUCGCAAUGGAUGAAAGCUUUUUGAAUUUUUGAAAGCUUGAUUGUGUUUAUGGGGUGAGGUGUAACGUGUUCAUGCUUUGUUUAAAAAAUACAUUUUUUUCUAGGGCUGCCCCCUUUAUAGUCGACUAAUCGUUAGUCGACGAGAAAAGGCUUAGUUGACCACUUUUUUUUUAAUUUUAG